AUGGAGAACUACCACCGGAUUGAGAAGAUCGGAGAGGGGACUUACGGUGUUGUCUACAAAGCCCGCGAACUCACCCACCCCGGCCGUAUUGUUGCCCUGAAGAAGAUUCGCCUGGAAGCGGAAGAUGAAGGUGUCCCUAGCACAGCUAUUCGUGAGAUUUCUUUGCUCAAGGAGAUGCACGACCCCAACAUCGUCAGCCUCCUCAACAUUGUGCACGCCGAUGGUCACAAGCUUUACCUCGUUUUCGAAUUCCUGGAUCUCGACCUUAAGAAAUACAUGGAGGCUCUUCCAGUGAGCGAAGGUGGACGCGGAAAGGCCCUUCCAGACGGUACUACGAUGAGGAAAGACAUGGGCUUGGGAGAUGCCAUGGUCAAGAAGUUUAUGGCCCAGCUGGUGGAAGGAAUCCGAUACUGCCACAGCCACCGUAUCCUGCAUCGGGAUCUCAAACCGCAGAACCUGCUUAUCGACCGUGAUGGUAACCUGAAAUUGGCCGAUUUUGGAUUGGCGAGAGCGUUUGGUGUCCCGCUAAGAACUUACACUCACGAAGUCGUGACAUUGUGGUACCGUGCUCCUGAAAUUCUAUUGGGUGGUCGGCAAUAUUCCACUGGUGUCGACAUGUGGUCUGCUGGUGCAAUCUUCGCAGAGAUGUGCACACGUAGGCCGCUCUUCCCCGGUGAUUCCGAGAUUGAUGAGAUUUUCAAGAUUUUCCGGCUUCUCGGUACUCCAGAUGAGAACAUUUGGCCUGGCAUCUCAUCUUUCCCCGACUACAAACCUACGUUCCCCAAGUGGAAGCGUCAAGACAUGGCUAAUGUCGUUCCUGGACUGGAAGACGCCGGCCUCGAUCUCAUAGAAGGCCUACUCGAGUAUGAUCCAGUACGCCGGCUUUCUGCGAAACAGGCCUGCUUGCACCCAUACUUCCAACACGGCAGCUCUUACUAUUCUGGUCGCAACCGGACAAAAGGAUAUCACUAG